GUUCGAAGUGUUGUCCCAUGUCCUUUGUUAUUGCCAGGUGUCACUUGUCAUGUGUUGUGUUUAUCUGUUGUGACUCCGUCUGUAAGGAGGCUUUUCUGCGCAAUGUCACAACUCACUGAAUUUGAUAAAGGCCGGAUAAUUGCUUUGUAUCAAGAUGGCUAUGCGAUUAGGGCCAUUUCCCGUGCCUUAGGAUUCAGCAAAUCUACAGUUCAUCUCUGGGUGAAGAGGAUGGCGAAAGAAGGCCACGUUACUUGUCGGCGUCGCUCUGGACGGCCACGGAUUACCACGGAGGAUCAAGACAAGAGUAUACUCCGCUGCGUUGGUGAAGACCCAUACAGGACAAGAAAAGAAAUUAAGAACAUGCUUCACCUAAGCGUGAGCAAGGAGACUAUACGCCGUCGGCUCAUCGAGCAAGGAGGGCUGAAAAUCGGCGAAUUUAGCACUCAAAAGAAUGAAACUCCUCUUCAGUUUGCAAACCAGAGUCAACUGACUGAUGCAGUAGAAUCUCUUUGUAGUGUUGACAUGUCUUUGCCAGACACCAGCAGAAAUUGUCCAUUUCAGUCACCACCUGCAACUGGACAGGAUGACAUUACUUCUGUUCUUGUUGGAAAUGGAGCAGACACUGAUUCAUUGUCUGAAAGACCAAAAGAUUCCUACCAGACAUUACAUCACAGUUCCAUUGAUGAUGACAAUGAAUCUGUAUCUGAGUUUCUUGUGCAAAGUGGAUGUGAUAGCAAUGCUUCAAGACAACUAGGACCAGGUGGAGGAGGUGGUGAAGGAGCACAAAAUGAGCAGCCCCCUCUGCACAUUUGGGGAGUAGAAAAUGUGGUGCAAGCACUGUCUGAGAAUGGUGCAGCUAUCAACGCCAAGGACAUCCGGGGCAAAACAGCAUUACAUGUAGCCAUAGAAAACCAGCUUAAUGGUAUCGUUUCACUGCUGCUUUGUCAUCCUGAACUAGACUUGACUGUAAGGGACAAAGCUGGCCUAACGCCAUUUGCUGCAGCUCUCAAAUACCGUAAUUAUGGAGUAGCACAGGCCAUUCUCGAUCGCAUGCCUGCAGCAGCUGAAGAGUAUGAUGAUAAGGGCCAGAACUUUCUGCAUAUUUCUAUCCAAAAGGAAGACAUGGAGACCAUACUUUUUCUGCUUUCAAUCCAAGUAGACGUCAACUCAAGAGUGCAAGAUACUAAUCAGAUGCUACCAUUGCAGCUGGCUGCAGCUGCUGGAUCAGAAACACUUGUUAGGUCCCUGAUGCUUGCUGGAGCAAGGGUAGAUGACCGUGAUGCCCACCAAAGAACAGCUUUGCAUGUUGCAGCGGGAGCAGGCCAUGCGGCUGUUAUAUCAGCUUUGCUGCAGAAUGGUGCUGAUGCUAAUGCUUCAGAUUCAGAAGGAGAUAACGCAUUGCAUAUAGCUUGCCGUGAAGGUCAACGAGGCAGUGCACUUUUGUUCCUUACCGAGUCACAGUUGGAUGCUGAGGCAGUAAACCUGAAAGGGAGAAAUCCUCUGCAUGAACUUGCAGGGGCAUCAAAGGACACUGCAGCUGGAAUUGCUGAAUUGUUCAUAGAAUGUAUUCCAUAUUAUCCACUUGACAAACCGGAUUUUGAUGGCAACACAGCUCUUCUUUUGGCAUACAUGGAAGGCAACGGGAAUUUAUGCCAUACUCUGGUGAGAUUUGGAGCUAGCCUUGGCACUAUGAACAAGGAUGGUGUUACAAUUUUCGACUCCCAAGGUUCAACAAAGGAGCUUCUUCAUAGUUUGCUGGAUAAUUUAUCCCGGGAGCCACAUUUUACAGAAGGUGACAUUUGCUUGGAGUGUGGAAUUAAAUUUGGAGUGAGCAUUCAUAAACAUCACUGCAAUCACUGUGGGCGAAUCCUGUGCAGCAAGUGUUCAGACAGAGCUGUACCUAUCCUGAAGUUUGGAUUGAACAAACCAGUUAGAGUGUGCACUGUAUGCUUCAGUGUGUUACAGGGACCUGGUUAGAAUGAAGUACUUCUAUUUACUUUCCCCCAAUUCCUUUGUGUAUAUAAUGUCAACAUACAGUAAUGUUGUUUUCUCUGAUUUGCAUUUGCUGGCUAGAAUAAUGUUGCUUGGAAUUAAUUGUUAAUUACUGAAAAAUCUAAGAAUGUUAAUGCAUUUUGGUUAUAAAGACGUGUGUGUGUGUGUGUGUGUGUGUGUGUGUGUGUGUGUGAGGGGAGCCUUAUUUCAUUCCCGCUCUUUUUCCUUGUACAGGGUGGAGCAAAUAAAGUGGCCUGAAUGAAUGGAUAAAGUUAAACAUGAAGGUAUGCAUAUAAUGACGCCCCCAAUGCACACACUACGUGUAUGUCUGCCACAUGAUCCACACUGGUUCAGAGAGUAGUGUGCGCUGUGUGUGUGUGUGUGUGUGUGUGUGUGUGUGUGUGUGUAGAGAAGUGCAAAGGGGGGAUGAUGGUACUCACAGUGGAGCAGCAGGUGUUCAUUGUGGAAAGUUACGUGAGAACAAAUUUGUGGAAAUAGUGUACCAUGCAAUGCAUAGUCCGAAAAUAGCAUCUGACAAGUUCUGUUUUGAAAAAGUCAAAAAACAUUCUGAAACAUGCCCACACACCAGAAAAUGAUUGAGUCCUAACAAAUCAACCCAGCGGCUGUGUUUCUUUGUGCCCUGGAACUAUAUUCUCCAAUCCACUUCUAUUUGUCCCACCCUUUUUCUUACAAUAGCAAAAUUGUAUUUAAUUAUAUUAAAUAGUUGGAAAAUAUAUUACAUACUUUUGAAACAA